GGGCCCACUUGCCAGCGUCACCCCCUCCCGCUUCGUGACAAGCGGCCGGUGGCCAGAAUCAGGCGACGAGACCCCGUCCGUCGUUGCCGAUUCGCCCGCCGCCGCCGGCCACUCAGACGCAUCUGUGCUCUGCUCCGUCGAUGUCUGGGGCGGGCGCGAUCGCCGCUCUCCUGCGUGCCCACCGUCUCCCCAUGCUGCAUUCGCCCUUCGCGUGCUCCCUCGCCGCGGCGCGCAGCUCCCCGCGCGCCGCGCAUCUACCUCUCCUCCGAGCCCCGGCGGCCACCCCGCCGCUCUCCUCCCGCGUCUCCCUACCGUACCUCCACUCCGCGCGCUCCUUCUCCUCCUCCCGCGGCGCGGUCUCGUCCUCGGCGGCAGAUAAUGAGGAACCGCGUCAGUCGGAACUCAUCUUCCUUGGCACAGGCACCAGCGAGGGCAUCCCGCGUGUCAGCUGCCUCACCCACGCCUCUAAGACUUGCCCCGUUUGCACCAAGGCAGCUGAGCCAGGGAACCGGAACAGGAGGCGCAACACCUCCAUCCUCCUGCGUCACGUCACGCCGUCUGGCACCUCCAAUAUCCUCAUUGACGCUGGCAAAUUCUUCUACCACUCCGCGCUCCAGUGGUUCCCUGCUUUCGGGUUGCGGGCAAUCGAUGCUGUCAUUAUUACCCAUUCUCAUGCUGAUGCGAUUGGAGGCCUUGAUUGUCUUCGUGAUUGGACGAACAAUGUCCAGCCUUCCAUCCCAAUUUAUGUAGCACAACGUGAUUAUGAGGUGAUGAAGAUGACCCACCAUUAUUUGAUUGACACAAGUGUGGUUAUACCUGGAGCUGCAGUUUCAACAUUGCAAUUCAACAUUAUAAAAGAGGAACCAUUUCGUGUUCAUAAUCUGGAGGUGAUUCCCUUGCCUGUAUGGCAUGGUCAGGGUUACCGUUCCCUUGGUUUCCGUUUUGGUGACAUAUGCUACAUAAGUGAUGUCAGUGAUAUACCUGAAGAAACCUACAGACUUCUGGAAGACUGCCAACUCCUUAUAUUGGAUGCUCUUAGACCUGAUCGUUCUUCUUCAACACAUUUUGGAUUACCAAGGGCCCUUGAGGAAGUCAGGAAAAUCAAACCAAAGAAAACACUGUUUACUGGAAUGAUGCAUUUAAUGGACCACGAGAAAGUAAACGAUGAUCUUGCCAGGCUGAUGGAAACAGAGGGGCUUGACAUCCAGCUAAGCUAUGAUGGUCUCAGUAUACCUGUAAGGUUCUAAAACUAUUGGAGCACGAAAUGUUAUCUUUCGGCACCGUUAAAUGAUGAAUGAAAUUACAUAUUUUCUCUAGUUUCAUUGUGUAAAGUGAUUACAAAUGUAAUCCCUGUCCCUUCAACAGAAGAAUCUUAUGUAUCAAAUUAUGGCUUACAAUUGCCAAUGGAAUAAAGCUUCACUGCAAUAA